CGCAGUCCGCGGAGCCCAUUUCCUCUUCUGCAGGCCUGGCUGAGUGAGAGAGCAGCAGCAGCAGUCAGUUCCGUUUUUAGUUUCCAGGCUUGUGUUCGGUUUCAGCUGGAUGAUACACCGAACUGAGCGCUUUUAAGCCAAGGCAGCUCGGUGAAGUCGAAGGUGUUAGCUGUGUGUCGGAGGAGAGCAGGGACAGAAGCAGAUCCAGCACGCUCUGAUGCUACCUGUUACCCUGUGACACCUGCUUGAGGAGACUGCGACCCCCCCGACACACACAAUGUCUGGGCUACAGACGCCAUGGCCGCCAGGCACGGAGUGUGUGGCUAAGUAUAACUUCCAGGGCACCACAGAGCAGGAUCUGCCCUUCUGUAAAGGAGACGUCCUGAGCAUCAUCGGAGUCACUAAGGACCCUAACUGGUACAAAGCAAAGAACACGGUGGGGAGGGAGGGGACGAUCCCAGCCAACUACGUGCAGAAACGAGAAGGAGUGAAAUCAGGAGGGAAACUGAGCCUGAUGCCAUGGUUCCACGGUAAGAUUACACGGGACCAGGCCGAGCGGUUGCUCUACCCUCCGGAGACGGGGCUCUUCCUGGUGCGCGAGAGCACCAACUACCCCGGCGACUACACACUGUGUGUGAGCUGCGAGGGGAAGGUGGAGCACUACCGCAUCAUUUACCACAACGGUAAACUCUCCAUCGAUGAGGAGGAGUUCUUUGAGAAUCUCAUGCAGCUGGUGGAGCAUUACACCAAAGACGCUGAUGGUCUGUGUACUCGACUGAUCAAGCCAAAGCUCAUGGAGGGAACAGUAGCAGCGCAGGACGAGUUCUCCAGGAGUGGCUGGGCUCUCAACAGAAAGGACCUAAAACUCAUUCAGACCAUCGGCAAAGGAGAGUUUGGAGACGUAAUGGUGGGAGACUACAGAGGGACCAAGGUGGCGGUGAAGUGCAUCAAACACGACGCCACGGCGCAGGCCUUCAUCGCCGAGGCUUCAGUCAUGACGCAGCUGAGGCACACUAACCUGGUGCAGCUGCUGGGAGUGAUCGUGGAGGAGAGGGGCAGCCUCUUUAUUGUCACCGAGUACAUGGCCAAGGGCAGUCUCGUGGACUACCUGCGCUCGCGAGGGCGCACUGUGCUUGGGGUUGAGUGCCUACUCAAAUUCUCACUUGAUGUGUGUGAGGCGAUGGAGUACCUCGAGGCCAAUAACUUUGUGCACAGGGACCUCGCGGCACGGAACGUUCUGGUAUCUGAGGACAACAUCGCUAAAGUGAGCGACUUCGGCCUGACCAAGGAAGCGUCGUCCACUCAGGACACAGCCAAGCUGCCUGUUAAAUGGACAUCACCCGAGGCCCUUCGAGAGAAGAGGUUUUCCACCAAGUCUGACGUGUGGAGUUAUGGCGUCCUGCUCUGGGAGAUCUACUCCUUCGGCCGUGUGCCUUACCCCAGAAUUCCUCUGAAGGAGGUGGUGCCGCGGGUGGAGAAGGGCUACAAGAUGGACGCGCCGGACGGCUGCCCCGCUGUGGUGUACGACCUCAUGAAGCAGUGCUGGACCCUGGACCCGGUGAUGCGGCCUUCAUUCCGCAUGCUGCGUGAGAAGCUGCAGCACAUCAGAGCUAAAGAACUUUACCUGUGAAGCGGAGGGGGGACACACCCACGCUUUUUACCCAGGAGGAGGUGGGGAGGCGGGUAGAGACGCAGCGGGCGCCUGCCUCAUCAAGCAGCGUCUCAGGCUCCAGCUUGUCCUUUCAUUCGUCUUUGGGACUUUUAUUUUUUUUUUUUUGGACUGUUAAUCUGGACAAACUCGUGCUGUGUUUCUGUGGGGAGUGGAAGCUUAUUAGACGUACGUGUGUGUGUGUGUGUGUGUGUGUGUGUGUGUGUGUGUGUGUGUGUGUGUGUGUGUGUGUGUGUUAAAGCACGUAGUGUCCUAAUGGUGCCCUGCCUUCUUUGUAUUUUUUUUUUUAUUUUUUUUUUUUUUAAUACCAUACUGAUCUCCUUUUGCCCAAAAGUAUUUGCCCCUUUCUGCCCUCCCUCUCUCUCUCUCUCUCUCUCGCUAUCUCUCUCUCUGUUGCUGUGACAUUAACAGGAGGAAGGCUGGCCUUUUCUCCAUUGUUUUGUCAGGUGCAUUUCUUUCUCUCUCCCCUUAACACCUUCUGUCUCUCUUUCUCCAGAUUUUUCAUCUCUCUUCCUCCUGUGUCGUGUGGCACGGGUUCUAGCUGCAUGCGUCUCCUCCUUGGUGUAUGUGUGUGUUCGUGUGUGAGUGUUUGAGGCGUUCGCUCUGUGCCUGAGUGCCUCCAGAUGGCAGGACUGAUGCCUCUCACGUCCCCCUCCUCUGCCACACGGACUUGUUUUUGUUUUUAUUCCUUUUUUAUCAGACUUUUUUUUUUUUUUUUAAACGAUCGUCAUUUUUUUUGUUGAUUUGUCUGUUGUGUUUAUUUGCUGUCUCCCUGCGUCAAUCAACAUCUGACCUGGGACAAGUGCAAAGAGCUGGAACGAUGCACAAAUUCGCACACACAAUUAUGUACACACACACACACACACACACACACACACACAAAUUUACACAUGCAUUUCCCAGUAGAGCUCAAACUGCGCCGGGCAAAACAGGACACACAAAGCAGUUUACCCAUAAACCCUCGGGAUGCGGGGGUGGAUGGAUCCAAAUACGGUAGAACUCUUCGUGCGUCAGCUUGUUUUAUAUUAAAAUGUAUUUAAAGGACUUAAAAUAAGAAAACCUGAAAAAAGGCAAAGAAGACUCAACUGACGGAGAUGUGCGGAGGCGGAUGGACGAGCGAGCGAGUGAAAGAGAGAGAAGCCUGGGGUUAAUCUGUCAGUGCUUUCAAUGUUCAUUGUUUGAUUAUGCUGCCAUGAUUACAAAUAAAUCAUUCCAUCAGA